UGUACAAUUGUUCUUCAACUUCAAGAACGCAAACAUUUUUUGGUUUGGUUUGCAACGCUCCACUUCAAAUGCUAAAGAACAGCUCGUUUGGAAUUGGGUUUUGUGUGGGUCUUGUGUUUUGCCAGUGGUUAUAGAAUAAAACACAUCAUCCGUUUCUGUUCUCGUCUCGCUUUGGGGAGGUACGCACAGAUGUUGCUGGGGUUUGUGAGUGGAAUUUAAAUAGCAAACCGGCUUGGCACAGGACACCUUUUGUUAGUUUCGUUGUUUUUAAAGCGUCACUCAGCGGCGAAGGGGUCAUUUUAAACCAGCAUUUAUCUGAGAUGACUUUGAAUUCAGAAACGGAACCCGACCACAUGGAGGAAUCUGACAUCGAUGUGGUUGGCGACGGAAGCCAGGAAAGCAAGCUCCAAAGACUCAAAACAUCCACCUUGGCCGAGGAGACUCCCAGUUUGGACGUGGAGUUCAGUCAAACAUCUCCAGGCGCAAAUGGAGACGUGGGCAUCGGCACCCUUCCCAGCACCCCGUGCGCAGGCAAAAACAACCCGCCGGUGAAGCCACCUUACUCCUAUAUCGCCCUGAUAACCAUGGCUAUCCUCCAGAGCCCCAAAAAGAGGCUCACCCUAAGCGAGAUAUGCGAUUUUAUCAGCCACCGCUUCCCUUAUUACAAAGAAAAGUUCCCGGCUUGGCAGAACUCCAUCAGGCAUAAUCUGUCACUCAACGACUGCUUUGUCAAAAUGGCUCGGGAACCCGGCAACCCGGGAAAGGGCAACUACUGGACCCUGGACCCCAAUUCUUCGGACAUGUUCGAGAACGGGAGCUUCCUGCGGCGGAGGAAGCGGUUCAAGAGACAGCACUCCAGGUUCGGUAUGCUGAAGGGACACUGCGGUGCCAGCUCGCUGCCCAGCUUCACCUAUGGAACCCACGGGCUCGGCGCUGCCCGUCUCCAGUUACCCGGUUUGGAAUUUUAUCAAAUGGGGUUCCAUCCCAGGCAAGCACAGUCCGCAGCCCUGUUGCCUCCCGCCGCCAGCCUCUUGCCGACCCUGUCCACGCUUUUCUCCAGGACACAGGUCGGUGGUGGCAAAGCGUUUCUCCCUCAAGCUACCUCGGUCCUGGAAGCGGAUUCCGCGCUCCAGGUGUCAUCCUUCGUGGGUGGCAUCGCCGCCCCACUCCCAUCACUUUCCCCGGCUUUGGAUAACAGAACCCCGGGGUCACGUUUCGUUUCCAGCGCGAUGCUCCGUGCCCCCACUUCCCCGCAUUUUCUCAGCUUGCAACAGGGGUACCAAACUUUACAAGCCUUACACAGCAACUCGGGGUUGGCAAACAAACUUUAGCAACAGCUGAGCAAAGCGAGUAACUUUUAAGAGUUUUUUUUUUUGUAAUCAGUUGGUUUUAACCUCAGGUAGGAAUGCUGUGUGUGUGUGUUUGUGUGUGUGUUUGUGCGUGUGUAUGUGUGCGUGUGUGUGUGUGUGUGUGUGUGUCUGUUUGUGCGUGUGUUUGUGUGUUUGUGUGUGUGUGUGUGUGUGUGUGUGUGUGCCCUACAGCUUUUUCAAAAUGUUUUUUUUUAUUUGUUUAGAGAUGACCUUAUCUGAGGGAUAUUGUUUUAAAUAGAACCUAAAUCAUUUGUUCAAGGUUGUGUAUAAAGAUCGUGCAUUUUCUAUGUCAGUUGCAAAAACAACAGCAGAUUCUAUUUAUGUUUGCAGUUUCUUAUCAUUGUGCGCAUUCAAUAAUAAUAAUAAUAAUAAUAAUAAUAAUAAUAAUAAUAAUGAAAAAAAUAAAUCUCAUUUUCAUAUUCUAGCAAUACGAUGAAAGCACAUAUUUGGAAACUCGCUUUUGUUACCUAAAUGCGGAAAAUAAUACAUGUAAAUAUAUUUUAAGUGUUUAAGUGUUUAAAAAACAAACAAACAGGGAAAUGAGUG